GCUAACUGGAUGUCUGUGUGGACGUUAGCUGUGUUGGUCUUGCCUGUAGAUGCUUCAUGAAAUUUGACGUCGUCCUUGGAUAACGACAGUAUUUUCACCACGGGUAGCCAUAAGGUGCACUGCAUGUUCUUCCCACUUUCAUCUUUGAGGACAAAACAGUUUCGAUAUUUCCAGCCAGGGAAAGCAUUUUUUUUUUAACUCGAGGUGAUCAUAUGGACUUGUAGUGUUCUCUGUUGUUUUCUCGUGACGUGUUGAAAAGUGCACAUGUGGAUGAUAGUAUAAUGUUCUGCAUUUUAAAAUCUAUUUGUAAUCCUGUUAAUAAUCCCAUUUUUUGCUAAAAGUAUCUGUAAUCUAAUUACGUCUUUUUUUUUUUUUUUUAACUGUACCGGAAUACAGUUACCUUUUUUGUAUCAUAAUUAGGCCUACUUAACGCCGUUCCAUGUAUUCCGUUACUCCCCAAGCCUGGAUGCGAGGGAGAUGAUAGUAGCAUAUAGAAAAACCUUGAAGAUUUUCUGAACUUACUUGAUUGGACUCGAAGUAAGACUUGUGAUACUUCUUACGAACCCUUGUUUGCUGAAAGAAUGAUGACCCACACACACCCGAGCACGAAGACUUCAACAGAAGAGCCUAAUGAAGAACGAUAUGAGUUAUGAAAUCUCCAUUCCCUUUGAAGACAACAACGGGUACCAGACAAGUUUUUUUAAACAAAGUCAGCAACCAUUUGAAGAUCACCCAUCCACUGGACAACAGGCCCCAUGUGACUCCUACCUACUAAUCUCAAACCUCCGCAUGCAUCUUCAAAUCUCUUUGGAGAAGAACUCAUGGCUGCAGAAGCGCAUAGAGGACCUGGAGGAGGAAAGGGACUUCCUACGAUGCCAGUUGGAGCGCUUCAGCAAUUUCACCAAGAGCCAGGAAUUAAACGACCGGCAGGCAGAGCCUCCACAGGCAAGCCCCCAGAAGACCCCAUCCCGUCGACCCUCAAGUCCGUUCCCAACUCCCAUGACCACUCGCUUGUCUGUCUCCCGCCAGCAGGCGAGCCGUAAACGACCGAGCAGUGUCACCCUGAACACUGAACAACAGAGCCAGGUUUGUCAGAAGCUAACAGCUGAGGAGGACUAUGAGGAUGUUGUGGAGGAGUACCUGGAGGAAGGUGGUUACCUAGAAGAGGAGGAGGAGGAGGUGCUAUCUUUUGAGGAGGAUGGCAAAAUGUCUAAGGAGGGGAGAUCUGGAGGCCGGGCCACCCCGGGCACGUGCGUCAAGAGGACUCGCUUGUUCCGGAUUUAAGAGGGGUAUGAAUAGGCGGCGAGAGACCCUGCAAGUGUUCUCAUCCGCUACCAAAAGAUCUUGGUGACCUACCAGAAGCUGAAAAGCAUGUCCAAAGCCUUCCAGGUGCAUGGCAUCAACCGUAACACAGUAGCUUCCACCACGCCCAUUGCGGAGCUCCUGGUGGCUCCCGAGAAGCUGCCUGAGGUGGGCGAGUUCGACCCAUCCAAGGAGAAGCUGCUCGAUUACGCGCGGUUGCUACAAGGCAUUGGACAAGGCUUCGCUGGCCAAAGUGCAGGCCCUGAAGAAGAACAACCUCCUCCUGCCCAUCUCCUACCGCUUCAGGAACUCUUAAAAAACGACUCCUCUACCGUUCAGUUAGUAAAGUG